AUGAUUGACAAUGGUUCUUUAGAAAAUGCACCAAUCCCUAAUUCUAAGUUAUGUGGUAGCAACCAAAGUCCUGGUGUCCUACAAUGUAUAUGCAGGUUCAUAUUGUCUCAGCAAUCUAAAAUCUAUGGAGGAUUAGUUGAAUAUAUAGAUGGAGCUAGUGUCGGGACACCUAGAAUUAAUAAGAAUGAAGGGGAUAAAGCAUUUACCAAGGAUAAUUGUUGUGAUGAUGUUCGGCAAAGUUCUCAGUGCGAUAAAUUGACGCUAACCAUCGAAACACUUUUUGUCGGAGAAAACUGUUUAGAACAUUGUGGAGAUAAUCAGCUUCCUGUCUAUGUUAUGGAGCAAUGGACAGCCCAAGUUCUCCCUCAUAAUUUUAAAAAUAGGGGAAUCUCUAUUUCCGGUUGUCAGAUUGAGCUCUUGGACUACAUACAAACAUCCCCUUUAAUGGCUGCAAUCAAAGAACCAGGUCGUCCUCGCAGAUAUAAGCUUACUCACAGAUCCUAUGUAUGUGAUCGCAUUUCUCAAGUGGGUGAUUCUUUUCUUAUGGAUGCAUCAGAUAUACUGAGUAUGGGCUGUUUAAGUGACAGGAAUAAAAACAGUCAAGAUGAUGAUCAUGAUGGUAGUUCAGUCUCCAAAAUAGUUCGUCAGAUGGAUGGUUGUGAAAGUCCUAUUAAACGAGUUUUUACACCUGUUUGUAUUAGUGAAAAGGAGAUUUUGCACAUCACUGUUGUAACUCUAAAACAUCUUCCCCAACAGUUUCUUGGUUGUCCACUUUGCCUAAAUUCAACUUACUCAACGAAUAAAGAUAGCUUCACUAUGCUUAGUCGUGCUAGAUGUCAUUCACCUGAAACUCUUGUUGACUUGGAUGUUCGUAAAAGGAACACUGCACUCGUUUCUCGUACAACCUACGGAAAGCCUAAUGUACAUCCGCCAAACUUUCUUAACUUACCUAAAUGCUCUUCAAACGAAGAAGUUGUCAGAAGUCCUAUUGUUGUCAUGGCAGAUACAGAAGAAAAGUUUAUACAAUCUACGUUUGAUAACCCCUUUUACAACAUCCUACCACCCUGCUCUUCUUUGGAUUGUACCGAAUCAGGUCACUCGACUUUAACAAAAAAGUCAUCUCGUUUGACUGACUCCAAUAGAAUAUCCCAAAUUCCUCUAGAGUCACCCCCCCGUAAACAGCAACGUAUCAGUUGUUACGCUCAUGAACUUAGUUCCGAAACAAAAGAUUCAGACGACUCCAAUGAAAUGCCCUCUUCCGUCACCCUACCAUAAACAAAACUCCAG